AUGGACUAUGGAUGGGAAGCCCUCAGGAUCCACUCGGCGCAUGCGUUAAACAUGCCGGAGAACAAGCUCGGCGAGUUAACAGAGAGUCUGAUCCUCAUCAUGAAGCUCAUCCGCAUCUUCUCCAGACGAGACCAAGUUGCCAAGCGGAUCGGCGACAGCAUGGGCAUCAAGAUGAUCCUGGAGAUCAUGAAAUCGUAUCCACUGUGCAUCGAGCUGCAGGUCGACUGCUCGGCCUCGCUUGCCAAUCUGGCAUCCGUCGAAACCAACCGUUCGCAGAUGCUCGAGGACGGAUGCAUCAAAAUGAUCCUGGAGAAUAUGACAAAGUUUAUGAACUCGCCCAGCGUUCAGACAGAAGUUGGAUGCGCUCUGAUUCUGGAUUGUAUGAGGCUCCACGAAGACAAGGUGGAUUUGCAGAUCCAGGCGUUUCACGCGCUCUCGAGCUUGGGCAAGUACAGCCGAGACUCCCUUUCAAGCAACGACUUUAUCCAAAUGGUCCUCAAGAGCGUCCAGAACCACCCAAAUGAUGUCGAUCUGAUUGGAGAUCACUGCCUGCUUUGCACUGGCACAUCUGUCUUUCCUGCAUGCUCGCAGCUCCUGAAGCGAUACAACGGCAUCGAGCUCAUCCUGCGGGCGAUGAGACGAUUUCCGCAACAAGAGUCGCUUCAAACCACAGCCUUGUUCGCCCUGGGCUCGAUAGUCAUGUACGAUGACGACCAUCGACAGGUGAUUUAUGAAAUGGGCGGCGUCCAGGAGAUCAUAGGUGCCAUGACUCGCAAAUACCCGCGGAGCAAGUCAAGCAGUAUUCUGAAUGGAAGACGAGACAGUGGCAUCGACUCGGGCGAUCUGGAGGACGCUGAGGGGUACAACGACGAUGACGACAACUCUGGUCCGGAGCCGGUCCUGUACGCCCGUGGACACUCCAAAGCAUAUUCGAAGCACAUUCUCCUGCAACUCUUUGGAUCUGUCGCCCUCAUGAACUUGAGUGAUAACGAGAAAUGCAGGGGCCUCGUUAUCGAGAGCGGCGGCAUCCACCAUAUUUUUGAAGCCUCGAAGAAGGUGUCAGAGCACCACGAUCUCUGGGCCAUACUCUUCUACAUCUUCGCCAAGUUCACAAAGAAUGAUGAAAAAUCAAUUUACCUGAAGCCUCGAGGCCUCCCGUCGCUUGCUGAACUAGCACGCAAGUGCAUUUUUGACCACAAGGUGUACCUGAAAUAUGCGCCAACUUUAGUUUAUCCAGGCUCCUCUAGUGCCAAAAUGGAUGACAUCGAGCCUCUGACAAGAGACAGGGCGAGUCAGCGCAGCCGCAGCUUGCUCCCAAGCUCUUUAACGAACCUGUUUUCAUUCCGUGGCUCCCGCACACAGCCGAGCGCACACCUUCGACAAAGCGACAGCAGCGAAGCCGCAAGGGUAUCCAUGGACGCUGAUCAGCUUGCGCCAAUGGACACGGCCAGCGAAGGCGUAUCCAACCAACGGAAGCGAUCCAACUCCUCCCUGGACAUGGAAAUGGCUUGCAUCUCUGAAAUCAACAGCCCCCUCGACGGCGACCAUGCAGCCUUGACUUUGAUACUGCCGCUCAUGCCGCUGCACGAUCACUUGAAAGAGUGGCUCGUGCGCAAUGUCAAUCUCUGUCGCAACUGCAAGGGUGUCUGCUGUAGCACUUCGAUUCGACUGUAUCAGCUGGCGCUUCCAAAAUCAUCCGUCGUUCACUACAUCUGCUCGCUCAAAUGCGCCCAGUCCGACACCAAGUUUGCUGCCCGGGCGAUGCACGAGUGUAGCACGCACUUUAUAGAGCACUAGAAUACCGGGGCACGAACAUACGAAGCACCAAGCAUAUUCGAGCACCAGAGAAUCAAGCACAUCCGAGCAAGCUGGCUGUCAGCUGUGCACUGCACUCUGAUCGGUGGUUUGGCCGACCUCCCCUCUCUUAUCGCUCAGACCCUGCUCGGCUGGAACAUUGUGACCUGAUCUUU